CUAGGGAUUGUGGGAAGGCGGCUGAACGCGGCGCCUAGAAGGAUGGAGGCGGCGGAGACAGAGGCGGAAGCUGCAGCCCUAGAGGUCCUGGCUGAGGUGGCAGGCAUCCUGGAACCUGUAGGCUUGCAGGAGGAGGCAGAACUGCCAGCCAAGAUCCUGGUUGAGUUUGUGGUGGACUCCCAGAAGAAAGACAAGCUGCUCUGCAGCCAGCUUCAGGUAGUGGACUUCCUGCAGAACAUCCUGGCUCAGGAGGACACUGCUAAGGGUCUGGACCCCUUGGCUUCUGAAGACACCAGCCGACAGAAGGCAAUUGCAGCUAAGGAACAAUGGAAAGAGCUGAAGGCCACCUACAGGGAGCACGUAGAGGCCAUCAAAAUUGGCCUCACCAAGGCCCUGACUCAGAUGGAGGAAGCCCAGAGGAAGCGGACACAACUCCAGGAAGCCUUUGAGCAGCUCCAGGCCAAGAAACAAGUGGCCAUGGAGAAACGCAGAGCAGCCCAGAACCAGUGGCAACUACAACAGGAGAAGCAUCUGCAGCAUCUGGCAAAAGUUUCUGCAGAGGUGAGGGAGCGUAAGACAGGGACUCAGCAGGAGCUUGAGGGGGUGUUUCAGAAACUUGGAAACCUGAAGCAGCAGGCAGAACAGGAGCAGGACAAGCUGCAGAGGUACCAGACCUUCCUCCAGCUUCUGUAUACCCUGCAGGGUAAGCUGUUGUUCCCUGAGGCUGAAGCUGAGGCAGAGAAUCUUCCAGAUGAUAAACCCCAGCAGCUGACUCGACCCCAGGAGCAGAGUACAGGAGACACUAUGGGGAGAGAUGCUGGUGUGUCCUUCAAGGCUGUCAGCCUACAACCUGCUGGAGAUGCAAAUUUGCCAUGACUUCCUGGAGGACAACAGCAUGGAGAAAGAUCCUAGAAUAGGUCAGACCCAACUUAGGCCUUGGUGUCCCUGGAUGCAAGUGUGGAAAGAGGGAAAGCCUCUCUAUGCAUCUGAGCUCUGCUACCCAUGGAGCAGAUGGAUGGUGGGAACAGGAAAGAGCUUAUGUUACAGUUUAACACCUCAUUCCCUUGCUCAGCCCACCCAGAGCUAACCCCUGUCUUCUUCCCCAGGCCUCUGACUUCCCUCACCACCCCCAACCAUCAUUCCAGGAAAGACUGUGAACUCCUGAGUUCAGCCUGAUUGCUGACUACAUCCCAGCAAGCUCUGGCAUCUGUGGAUUAAAAGCCCUGGAUCUCUCUCAGUUGCGUACUUGUUCAUCUUCAUAUGCUGGCAGGAAGAACUAUUAGUACAGAUACUCAGAAGCCAAUAACAUGACAGGAGCUGGGACUGGUUUGAACACAGGGUGUGCAGAUGGGGAGGGGGUACUGGCCUUGGGCCUCAGGGGUUGCUUCCCCCUAUGAUGCAGACAUGCUGAAUUUAAUUCAAGGAGGAGGAGAUUGCUUUAGGCAGGUGGUUAUAUGUGGGAAGAUAAUUUAUUCACUAAUCCAAAUUUUAUUCAUGGAUCCAAAUGUUUGUUGAGUCCUUUCUUUGUGCUAAGGUUCUUGCUGUGAACCAGAGCUGUAACAGUGAGCUCAUCUGACUGUUUUAGGUUGUAUAGCCUAGUGUUAACAUUCUUAGUGUCUUUUUGUGCCUUAAAACAUUUCUUGAUCACUGGUUUCAGAUGUUCAUUUAUAAUAUUCUUUUCAAAGAUUCAGAGAUUGGCUUUUGUCAUCCACUAUUGUAUGUUUUGUUUCAUUGACCUCUAGUGAUACCUUGAUCAUUUCCUACUUUCUGUUUUCAGAUGGAGAAGAUGUACCUUUUUUGUAAACUCUUAUUUUGUAAACUCUUAUUUUUAUCAGAUGAUCAACUCAUGUACUUGAAUAUUUGUUUUCUCAAAUAAAUAUUUAAGGCUAUACAUU